UAUAGUCCAACCUACCGAGAUCCAACAACAACAACAGCGGCGGCGACCUUCUUGAUAUAAGACUAGUAACUAGCGGCGGGCUCGCCUUAGUACCGGGCCGGUAGUUCGACCGUUCAUACACGCGACGCGCAACCAAGUUCAGCUCUUUCUACUUUAGGGUACAGUGAACUAAGGGGAACCAAGUGCAAUAGCAAGGAUCGUGUUUUUUUGGAGGUAAAACCGUCAAGAUCAAGUGCAGCAGCAUGGCGCAAGUGUUGCAGAAGCUGUACCAAGGAUUUAACUUUUUGCUGGUGGAGCGUCAUGAUGCUCGCAGUCGCGACCUUCCACUGAUCGAUUCAACCUGGCAGGUUCCGGCCAUCAUUGCGUUGUACCUGAUAGCGGUGCUCAAAGUAGGACCCCGCUUCAUGGAAAACCGAAAGCCGUACGAUCUAAAGAAUGUGAUUCGUCUGUACAACAUCGCCCAGGUCGUGCUGAACAGUGCCUUCUUCCUUGCGGAGAUCUACUGCCUCUGGAUUCGUCCCAACUUCAACUACGUGUGCCAACCGGUGGACUUUUCCGCCACGAACCGGGGCUACGAGGAGCUGGCCCUGUCCUACGCGUACUUCCUGCUCAAGAUUCUGGAUCUGGCCGACACGCUGUUCUUCGUGCUGCGCAAGAAGCAGAGCCACGUGUCCUUCCUGCACGUGUACCACCACGCCAUCAUGGUCGCGAUGACCUACCUGGGAGUGCUGUUUGUUCCUGGAGGUCACAUCUACCUGCUCGGACUGUGGAACACGCUGGUGCAUGCCGUCAUGUACUUUUACUACUAUCUGGCCUCGUACGGUUCGCAGUGGGCGGCUCGGUUCAAGGUUUACCUAACCCGGAUGCAGCUGGUGCAGUUUGUCCACCUGGGAAUCCACUUUGGCCGGCCGGCGCUGCAAGCGAUCGACUGCGGCUUCCCCAUGAUUUGGCACUGGAUCGGCUUUGGACAGGCCCUGCUCAUCCUGGGAAUGUUUGUCGACUUUUACAUCAAAUCGUACGGGGGAGGCAAGCACAAAAAGUUGGCGUAAAAUCUUGUUUUUUGCUUUGAAACGACUGAAAAGGAGACCCAGUUAGAGUAGAUUAGGUUGAACACCAGUCAACAGAAAACGUUACGCAAAGAUACGAUUAGUCAAUUGUCGUCCCAGUUUAGAGUUUCUUUUUCAAAUUAGUGAUUUUUUUUGUACAUUUUAGAUUUAGCUAAUUGACGGACGGAACGAAAAAUUACUUAUUCUGUAGAAGAAAUAGGUAUUUUAUAAAGAAGCAUAAAAAAAUUCACGCAUUGCAGACUAAAUCAGGAAUCAAAUGAUCAAUUCUGUGAAUUGUCAUCAAAGUAUUCACAAAUUUUAGUCAUAACGAGUGCGUUCUUAUCAGCUAAAGCAAAACAAAUGAAUGAGUGAAUGAAUGAAACAACCGGUUAAUGUGGUGAAAGAUGUAGAUUCUAGUUUUAUUUUUGUACUUUCUCUGGUAAAUAUAUGUGAGACGAACCAAAAUUAUGCUAAUUUCAUUUAUCAUCCUGCAUAUUAAAUACCGU